CCAUUCUAGAGCAAUAUGAAAGAUGGGAAAGCAAUUUUCAAGUCUAAGAUGAAAUGGAUUGGUUUGGUUGGUUGUUUAUCAGCUUUUUCACUCUUUGUUCACUUGCUAGCCAGAUUCACUGAAGAUGGCUUCUCCGAGUACCAGUCUUCCAUAACAAUCUUCUCUUGGAGACCUAUUUUUGAUACUUCGGACCUCUCGAGAACGAGCUCGUUGUAUAGAAGACUAUGGGGACCAGUUGGGCAAUUGGAAUCUUUACACCCACAUGCAAAUCCUAGAGGAUACUAUGCAGGCCCUAGUGCUCAGACAAAUGGAUACAUUUUUGUCAGAAUACAAGGUGGUUUCCAUGAGAUUAGGAGCUCGAUAUGUGAUGUGGUUGCGGUUUCUCGGUUUCUUAACGCUACCUUAGUUGUUCCAGAGAUUCAACAAACGACAAGCAAGAAGGGAAUCAGCUCACAGUUCAAGAGUUUUGCCUACCUAUAUAAUGAGGAAGCGUUCAUGGCAGCUUUAGCAAAAGAUGUUAAUAUUGUGAAAACCCUUCCUAAAAGCCUUAAAUCGGCAAGGAGAAAUAAGGAGAUUCCAGUGUUUAGAGUGCCAUAUGCAGCUUCGCCGUAUUAUUAUUUGCAUAAUGUGCUCCCUAUUUUAAUCAAGCAUUCCGUAGUUGAACUAGUUGUUUCCGAUGGUGGAUGCUUGCAGUCAAUUCUUCCUCCACAUCUUGAGGAGUAUCAAAGUCUCAGAUGUAGGGUUGCUUUUCAUGCUCUGAAGUUCCGACAGGAUGUUCAAGACCUGGCAACUAAUGUCUUGCAUAGGCUAAGGGCACCUGGAAGGCCGUUUAUUGUUUUUGAUCCUGGGAUGACGAGAGACUCUUUAGCUUAUCAUGGUUGUUCUGAACUCUUCCAGGAUGUGCAUGCUGAACUUAUUCAACACAGAAGAGCUUGGAUGAGAAAACGUGGGAUAAUAAAGGGACAGCUCUCUGUAAAUUCUGCUAAGCAACGCCUCAAGGGUUCAUGUCCACUGACGCCGGAAGAGGUUGGUAUUCUUCUUCGGGCAUAUGGAUACUCAUGGGAUACAAUUAUAUAUGUGUCUGGGGGAGAAGUUUUUGGAGGCCAAAGGACAUUGAUCCCGCUUCAUGGAAUGUUCGAAAACGUUGUUGAUAGGACUUCCCUCAGCACAAGUUGGGAGCUGAGUAGAAUUUAUGGUCGUGAGGCUAACCUUGAUGAAAAUUAUCCAAGGGCUCCACCUGCUCAGGUUGAAAUGAAGCUCGAUGCAUGGAAAAACUCUGGUCCUCAUCCCCGUCCUCUCCCACCUCCUCCCGCCAGACCCAAAACUUAUAAUGUCGAAGGGUGGUGGGGUUGGGUGGCUGAGAGUGACAAUGAGCCUGAAAGUACAGUUGUAGAGUUGAGGACAAAUGCUCAUAAAUUACUAUGGGAAGCCAUAGACUAUACGGUUGCUGUUGAAGCUGAUGUUUUCAUUCCUGGAUUCGACCGUGAUGGCAAGGGACAUCCAAAUUUUGCCAGUCUGGUUAUGGGACACAGGUUGUAUCAAUCCGCUGCAUCUAAAACAUACAGGCCAAACAGGAAACAAGUUGUCAGGCUUUUGGACGAAAUCCGUGGCCACAUAUAUCAUGCAAACCAUUCCUGGUUAACAUCGAUACGAAGGCAUCUGAGGAGCUCUUUAAUCGAUGGACUGAUCGAAGCAUCAAAUAAGUCAAAGUCUUUAUCUUUUCUUUCACAUCCAGUCCCCGAAUGUUCUUGCUUGAGGCCUGUCUCUAGUGAAACAUCAUCCAAUGCUUCAACUCCUUCAGCGCACUCAGAAGUUCAUGCUGCUGUUGGGGUGGUACAUCGUUGCCCUGCUUGGAUGGACGGUGAAAAGGACUUAAGCUCUAAAGAAAAAGACAACGAAGAGGAUAUUGAUGAAAAUGAUCCGGUAUCAUCUAGAUUGUUCUUUCAGCAUACUGGAAGUCACGAAGUCGGAGGUGAAGAUAUAACCCUCAAAGAAGAAUCUGUAUUCGAGGAUCAAGAAGAAGAUGGUGGGGAUUGACAACGGAGCUUGUAUAUUUUGUUCAGUUUUGGAAAUGCAACACCAGCAUUGCAGUGUCGAUGUACAUAUAGAUAGUUUCUUCUGCUAAUUUGGAGCAAGCGACAACUUUUGUUGAAAUCUGAUUUAAGACGAAGCAAGCAACAACUCCAUCGACUUGGACCUCUAAUCGAACCGUGGGAUGAGAUGUUAAUCUCUUUUAGAUAGUGAUGUAUGGUAUGAUUCAAGCUUUGCAGGGAAAGGCAAUCAUGCGUUUCUGCAAGUAAAGCCUGAAAUCAAUUUUGACUAGUGUUCUUAAUGGGAAAACAUUAUUCUUUUGUUGAUCUAUUUGGGGACAUUCCCGAUUG